AGCAGGUGAAUAGAGAUGAAGAAUAGAAAGCAUAAACUAGUAUCCCAAGAAAGCAUCAGUACUAAUUGCGAUAGCUCCAGAGACAAGAACGGAGAAGACUCAAAACAGAAUGGAAGCUCUGGUGAGGAGAGAACUAAAAUCCCAUACCUUGGAACUUAUGAUGAAGCCCCUGAUUAUAUAAAGAAAUGCAAGUACAUCCUGACUGGGUACAGGAUUAACUUCAAUAGCUUUAAGGUAGCGUUGAGAUCUUUGUUUAUGAUCCAUAAUGAAACUACAAAUAUCUGGAGCCACUUGUUUGGGGUCUUUUUGUACAUAUUCUUGGUUAUUUAUAUCACAUUCUGGACUGCGACUGAUAAUGUUGAUGUAAAAAGAGAUGACGACACUAUUCUCGGACUUCCUGUUCUGUGGAUUAAUAAUUUCAAUAGCUUCAUUGCUCGGUAUAUCCUUUGGGUGGAGGAAGAUAUAAUAAAUUCUGAACCAGCUACUAAGAUUCCUUUGUACAUCCAUAUGGGAGGAAAUAUUGUGUGAAUGUCCUUAAGUUCCUUCUAUCAUCUCUUCUCUUGUCAUAGCAAUGAAGUUAACUGCAUGUUGUAUAAAUAUGACUACUCUGGAGUAUCCUUGAUGAUAUCUUGUUCUAUUUAUCCUCCUUAUGUGUAUGGAUUUAUGUGCCCACAACAAAUCCAUUUUGCCUACAUUUACACAAGUAUUAUCAAUAUAUCUUCCCUAAUGUUACUUAUUGUUUGAAUUCACCCUAAAUUUGAUAAUGAAGGUCUUAGAUGGUUAAGAGCUCUUCUUUACUGUGUAGUAGGUUUGUCAUGUGGAUUACCAGGAGUCCAUGCUGUCUUUUUCGGAGACAGAAAAUACCUCUCAUAUGCCAACUACUUCUUGUGGGCUUUAGGAGGGUUCUUCUUUGUUUUUGGCGCAUUUGUAUAUACAAAAAGAUUCCCUGAGAAGAAGUAUCCAGGCAAGUUUGAUUAUUUUGGACAAUCUCACAACAUUUGGCAUUUCUUUGUUCUUCUUGGAGGAAUCACACACUUCUUUGGAUCUCUUUCAAACUAUUAUGGAAGAAGGGUUCAUACCUGCCCUCCUGUUUAA